CGAGCCGCCCGGCCGGGCGCGCAGGGCUCUGAAGCGGGCUCCUGUGAAGGACGCUAGCCCAGAACAGCGGCAGGGGCUUGGGGUGCAUUGUACCCUCCUGAGGCGCUAACAAAAGCCUCCCUCUUUGCUUUGCAGUGGCACGCGGGGUGCAGGUGGCUGCUGUGCGAGAGCUUCGUUCGCAGGAAGGUGAGCGAGGUGGGUGAUGGGAUGGAUGAAGCUGAGCAGGACCAGUAUGAAGCCCGCCUCAAGGAGCUCUUUGACAGCUUUGACAGCACAGGCACUGGAUCCCUUGGGCAGGAGGAGCUGACCGAUCUGUGUCACGUGUUACAUCUGGAGGAAGUGGCUCCUGGAGCGCUGCAACAGACACUUCUGCAAGGCAACCUUCUUGGCAGGGUUCACUUUGACCAGUUUAAAGAAGCACUGAUCCUUAUCUUAUCCCGAACCUUAUCCAACGAGGACGACUUCCAAGAACCAGUAGAUUCUUCACCAGAAGCCCAGCCCAAAUACGUCAAGGGUGGGAAACGCUAUGGUAGGCGGUCCCUGCCGGAGUUUCGGGAAUCCGUGGAAGAGUUUGCCGAGGUGACCGUUAUUGAGCCUCACAAUGAAGCAGCCCGGAGUUCACACAUCGCUUCCAAUGACUGUGAUGAGCACUGGAAGACUCAGGACAGCGAGGAAUAUGAAGCAGAAGGCCAGUUGAGAUUUUGGAAUCCGGAUGACUUGAAUGCUUCACAGACUGCGUCGUCUCCUCCCCAGGACUGGAUAGAAGAGAAGCUGCAGGAGGUUUGUGAGAAUCUAGGAAUCACCAGAGACGGCCACUUGAACAGGAAAAAGCUGAUCUCAGUUUGUGAGCAGUAUGGGCUGCAGACUGUGGAUGGCGAGGUGCUUGAAGAUAUGUUCCAUAAUCUUGAACAAGAUGGCACAAUGAGCAUAGAGGACUUUUUCUAUGGCUUAUUUAAAAAUGGAAAAUCUCUUACGCCAUCAGCUUCUACCCCAUACAGACAACUCAAACGGCACCUCUCCAUGCAGUCCUUUGAUGAAAGUGGGAGACGCACCACUGCCCUGUCCGCAAUGACUAGCACGAUUGGGUUCAGAGUCUUCUCCAGCCUCGACGACGGAAUGGGCUAUGCCUCUGUGGAGCGAGUACUUGACACAUGGCAUGAAGAGGGAAUUGAAAAUGGCCAUGAAAUCCUCACGGCCUUGGAUUUUAGCCUGGAUGGAAAGGUCAACCUGACGGAGUUGACUCUUGCGUUAGAAAAUGAGCUCCUGAUAACCAAGAAUGGAACCCAUCAGGCUGCCUUGGCCAGCUUCAAAAUGGAGAUCAGACAUUUACUGGAGCAAGUUGACCAAGUGGUGAGAGAAAAAGAGAAGCUGCGCUCAGAUUUGGAAAAAGCUGAAAAACUGAAAUCUCUUAUGGCCUCGGAAGUUGAUGACCACCAUGCUACCAUAGAGCGCCGGAAUGAAUACAACCUCAGGAAGCUGGAUGAGGAGUACAAAGAACGCACUGCAGCUUUAAAGAAUGAACUCCGGAAGGAGCGAGAGCAGAUCCUGCAGCAAGCUGGCAAACAGCGAUUGGAGCUGGAGCGGGAGAUUGAGAAGGUGAAAACGGAAGAGAACUACGUCCGCGACCGGCUCACCCUUUCCCUAAAGGAAAACAGCCGUUUAGAGAGCGAGCUGUUGGAGACUGGACAGAAGCUGUCAGAGUACGAGAGCCUGACGAGCAAACUGCAAAGGAACUUGGAAAAUGUCUUGGCCGAGAAGUUCGGCGACCUUGAUCCCAGCAGUGCUGAAUUUUUCCUGCAGGAGGAGAGAUUGGUACAAAUGAAAAAUGAGUAUGAACAGCAGUGCAGGGAGUUGCAAGACCAGAUCGAUGAACUCCAGUCUGAGCUGGAAGAGUAUCGAACGCAAGGCAGAAUAUUUAGGCCUUCUCUGGAAAGCUCGCUGCAUGAGGAGUUUGACAUCAAAAAUGGGGGAAGCAGUGGUGUGGAGCCUGACCAAGGGCUUGGUUCUGAAGAUUGCAAUCCACUAAAUAUGAGCAUAGAAGCAGAAAUGGUCAUAGAACGAAUGAAGGAGCAACACCACAAGGAGCUACAGCAUCUGAAACAGGAGCUCAAAGACACAAUGAGUCUUUAUGAAAAACUAGUUGAGACCAAGACCCAUUGUGAAAAGGAGCAAGAAAACAUGGUGAAGAAAUAUAAUGAAGAGAGGCAAACCAUGGAAAAGCAAAUAAGUGCCCUUAGAAACCAAAUUGAAGCACUCCAGGGAGAGACAGCAAUGCUCAAAGAGGAACAAGAAAGGAUUGACUGUAAACAUAAUGAGGAGACAAACGACUUACAGAUGAGCUUUGAUAAGGAAAAGGCUAAUCUCCAAGAACUGCUGAAGCUAAGACAUGAGGAAGAGCUCCAGGUUAGGCUGGAGCAGGUACAAGAGAGUUUUAACCAAGAGCGGGAAGUGCUGGUUCAGAAUGGUAUUUGGAUGGAAGAAAAGAUGAGAGCUCUGGUGCAGACCCUGCAAGAAGAAAAGGGGGAGGUAGAAUGUGGUUUCCAUGAGCAGCUGAAAAGCCUGACAGAAAAGCAUGCUGUUGAGAGGGAAGAACUACAACACAAAUUGCUGGAAAAACACCAACAGGAACUCCAAGAAGAAAGGAAAAAAAUGGAAACUGAGUAUAACAGAAGAACAUCUCAGACAGAAACUCAGUUUUCUGUCAACAGACAAACAAUUGUGAACAAGUAUGAAGAAGCACUACGAAAUCUUGACGAACGCUACCAACGAGAGCUGCAAGAACUCGCCGAACAACAGCAUGAGGAGAAAUCUCAGUGGGAAUUUGAAAAGGAUGAAAUCAUCCAGGAAUGUGCUGAAGCCCAAGAGCAACUGAAGGAAAUGCUGGAGAGCAAAAAGGCCAUUUCUUUUGUACUAACACAGGAGAAGGAACUCCUAGAGAAGAAUUUCAAGGAACUUGUGAACAAGUUAAUGUGUGAAAAGGAGCAGCUCCAGAAAGAGCUGCAGGAUCUGAGAAAUGUUGCUGAAAAACAACAGGACAAGUUGCAUAAUAAAAUACUUCAGCAACAAAAUGAUUACGAAAGAGAGCUAAAAGACAGAGAAGAACAAAUGUCUGUGGUAGAGGAAAAAAGGAAGCUGGUUAGCCAAAGGCUUGAAGUGCUUGAGACUGGAUAUGAGCAAGAGAAAUACAAACUGAAUUCCAAACUUCUUGCUUUAGAGGGUUUAAACAAAGAGACCCACGAGAGAGCAGAAAAAGAGAAGGCACAGAUGAGUUUGGAAAUCUUAAAGCUUCAAGAAAAAAUAAAGAAAUUGCAGCAGGAAACACUUGAUUUUGCCAAACUGAGGAAUGACUACAAUGCCUUGGCAAAUGAAUAUGCAGAAGUGAAGAGCAAGGUUUCAGCACUGUCUGGCUUGCAACAAUUGGAAGAAGAUGGAGAGGUUCUUACAAACCUACAGAAAGUGCAUGAGCAGGUUGUGAAGGCAAAUGUGAAAAUGGCUUCUGAGAUUGUCAGGUUACAGAAGAGGUUACAGCGACUGGAGCAAGAGUCAGGGAAACUUUCCAGUUUUGACCAAUCAAAUUCUGAGAUGGAAGAAUCUCAGGUGCAAGACAAGAUAGAGCAAAUUGAGGGUAAUGUUCUCAAAAAUCUGCAAGAUGGCUGUAAAGAUACAGAUCACGGAGCAAACUUGCUUGUUCUUUCAUUGUUGGAGGCUAAAACUAAGGAGCUUGAAGAAAUGGUUGAGGCUUAUUCCAGUCUAGAGAAGAUGUAUGAAGACACUAAGGUAGAGAACCAUGCCCUGAAAAUACAAUUUGGUCAGCUUCUGGAAAGUAUAGUGGUAUUGGAAGAGGAAUAUAAUGAAGCUAAUGACAAGAAGCAAGAUCAGGCUUCCAAAGUGUCUGUGCUGGAAAUGAAACAGACAGAGCUUGAGAAAAUCUUUGAGGUGGUUCCCAAGUUGAAGAUGUUCUAUGAAGACGUUAAAAGAGAGAAGGGAUGUUUUCAGGAAGAUAGCAAGGUGGCAAAAAUAACAUCUGAUCAUGCUACAGCCUGUAAAGAGCUUUGUUCUGAAGUUUCUAGGCUACAGACUGAACUAAAGAAGGCUGAGGAAAUAACUGAAGCUUCUCUCCAAAUUGAGAAGGUCUAUGGAGCAUCUAAAGAGAAUGGAGAGCUGAACAAUCUAGUACCUCAGCUUUGGGAAAAGAUUGAAGAGCCAGAAGAAAGAUCAAGGGCACAAUCUACACUUCUGUCCUUACAGGAAGAAAUCCAGCAAGAAAACAAGGGCCUGAAAUCUGAAAUAAUAAAGUUGUUUGAACAAAAUAAAAAACUAGAAGAGAAUGUACCAAGACUUACAAGCCUGCAGCACAGGUUAGAAGAAAGUAGUCAAGAAAAUGUCAAACUCGGGCAAGAAAAAACACAUCUCCUGGAAAAAGUUAAGGAACUGGAAGAUGUCCAUGACCAAUAUGCACAGGAAAAGCUAGAGAUGCACAGUGAGAACUUGGGACUGCAGCACAGACUUGGAAAACUGGAAGAACAUACUUUAAUGUUUAAAGUCCUGCAAGACAAACAUGGCCAAUGUGAGACCACAAUAAAAGACCUGGCAACGGAGAAAAGAGAGCUACAAGAGCUGAACAGGAAGCUGAAAGAGAAAGUUAUAUCUCUGGUUAAGCAAAAAGACAUGCAUUCUCAAGACGAGAAAGAGGAGUUGUAUUCAGCGAUACAUGACUUGCAAAGCACAUGUAGUGAGCUGCAGCAAAAUGUUGAACUCCUGAGAUGUGAGGCCGAGAAGCUCAGAGAAGAAAAUGCUAUUCUGAAGAAUGAAAUAACCCUUUUAAAUGAGGAAGGAAGUGUUUCUAAACUGAAACUACAGGAGCUAAAUGGAUCUCGAGAAGAAAUGUGGCAAAAAAUAGAGGCUAUAAGAAAGGAGAAGGUGGCCGUGCAGAAGAUGGUUGACAACCUGAGAAAACAGGUAUCAGAUUUGAAAGCUAGGAACCAGCAGCUAGACUUUGAAAAUGCAGAACUUAGUCAAAAGAAUUCAAAAAACCAAGCAGACAUGCAGGAUCUUAAUCAACGGCUGGCAAGAAUCCUCAGGCAAAAAGAAAAGGAAGUGGGGAAGUGUACACUGGAAGAAUGGGAACGGGAGAGAUCAAAGCUGAAAGAGGAACUGGAAAACUGUCAAGUUAAGUCAUCAACUCUGGUGUCUUCCUUGGAGACCGAGCUGUCUAAAAUCAAGGUUCAAACUCAUUUACUGGAGCAGGAAAACCACCUCCUCAAACAGGAACUGGAGAAGACCAAACAGCUUCCCAGAUGUCCUGAUCUCUCUGACUUCCAAAAUGAAAUUUCUAGUGCAAUAACUAAAAAUGAAAAGCUGCUGAAAGAAAAAGAAGCCCUCAGUGAGGAACUAAACAGAUGUGUUGAUAAGGUAGCUAAAGUGAACUACUUAGAGAAUGUUCUUGCCAGCUUGAAGCAGGAGCAAAAGUCUUGGGAGCAACAAAGUCAGACACUGAAAACGCAGCUCAUGGUCUCCCAAGAAAAGGUCCAGAGUCUAGAUGAAGCUCUACAAAAUAUCAACCUUCAACUGUCAUGGCUAAAAUCAGACCUACGGGUGACCCAGCAGGAGAAGGAGGCUCUUAAACAGGAAGUGAUGUCACUACACAAGCAGCUGCAAAAUGCCAAUGAUAAGAAUCGGGUUCUAGAACUGGCUGCGCAUUCCUCAGGGCUGCAGAACCAGCAGAAGAAGCUACACUGGGAUGAACUGGAGCAACUGAUUAAACAGGAGCAGCAGCUGCUGAGGCAAGAGAAUGAGCGGCUCCAGAGAGAGGUCCAGAACACUAAAACAGAUCUAACUCAUUCCAGGGAAAAGAUCCGGCAGUUGGAAUCUGCCAUCCUUUCCAUGAAGCAUCAAAAACAUCAAAGCCAGUCUGGUAUUGUGAAAGCCAUAGAGCAAGAGAAAUUAAGCUUGAAGAGGGAGUGUGAACAGCUUCAGAAGGAAUUGUCUUCUGCUCACAGAAGGAUCAGUCAGAUGAAUUCACUUGAGCAUGAAUUGGAAACCAUCAAUUUGGAAAACGAAGGGCUAAGAAAAAAGCAAGUCAAACUGGAUGAACAACUAAUGGAGAUGCUACACUCGAGCUCCAAUGUGAUGCUUAGCCAAUCCCAGCAUUCUCGAGAGCUGCAGCAGCUCCAGCAGCAAGGCUGUACUAUGGUGCCCAAGGAGCAGUUCCUGCAACUCCAACAUCAGCUACAGCAGGCAGAGAGGAAGAGUCAACGACUGCAGGAGGAACUUGAAAAUAGACCCUCUGAAACCAACAUGCCACAGGGGGGCCAUGCUCAGCUUCUAAAGAUGAUGGAAGAACGUAUGAUGGAUGUUGAGCAGAAAUUGAAGCUUGUGAAGAGGCUUCUCCAAGAUAAAGUGAACCAACUGAAAGAACAACUUUCCAAGAAUACUAAAGCAGAUGCAAUGGUUAAGGAUCUCUAUGUUGAGAACGCACAAUUGCUGAAAGCUCUGGAGAUGACAGAACAGCGACAGAAAACUGCUGAGAAGAAAAACUACUUCUUAGAAGAAAAGAUUGCCAACCUCAGUAAAAUAGUUAAGAACCUGGCAUCACCAUGUUUGAAUUCUACAUCUCAACUAAGGUCAUAGCAAAGCCAUACAUAUAUUCAAAAGUUCUCUUGCACUUUACUGAAAUGUUAAGAUUUCAACUUCUCACUGUGCUGCCUUUUUGUAUUAUAGAUGUUAGUUAACAGAGGUCUCAAAGUAGAUAGUUUAAAGUUAAAACCUAAACGGGUAGCUGCCAACAAACUUCUGGUUGCGUUCCUAAACCACCUUCCUACCCAGUUUUGUCAAAAACAACCCUAUUCAGGAUUGUAGAAAAGAUUUGGAUCUGUGAUUCUAUAUAACUUAUUGUAACUGCUUUAUUUUUAAAUAUAAACUCUGAAUUUAUUGUAGUGAAUUAAUUUGGUAACCCAUGUCUAUAUUGAAACCUAGGUCUAAGGUGAACCUUUGCAACUUAGGUCUCGGUUAAACUUUUAAAACAUUCUAAGCCUAUGUAUAAUAUUUUAAAGUCCUAAACGCAACAUAUACCUGGGUUAUCUCUAGAUAUCAUUGUCAGAAUAAUCCAUAUUAGGAAACAGACUUCAUCUGUUUCCUAUAUACUGCAAAUAGAUUCUGGAGUUUCCCUAAAGCAGUAUGCUUCAACUGAUGCAGUAGACGUCUAGCCCAGUUGAUCAAUGGCUGUUUCUUUCCAGGGUUCAACUUCCCUAGUGGUGGUUAAAACUUGGUAAAUAGAAUGCUGCCAUCUAACUAAACAUAGCAGUAUCUAAUCCUGAAAAAUGUCCCAUGUGGUGAGUGUGACAAAGACUUACACAGCUGCAAUUAAACACUCCUUUACAAAUAUAUUAGGGGCCUUAAAUUAAAACAGAGGAACAAUCUCCAAACAGAAGGUGAUGUGGCUUCUACUUGAAUAUUUUUUAAUUAGGCAAAGCACUGAAAUGUAUUUAUGGAAUAAUCCUGUAUUGGCAGGAGAAUGGAGAAGACGACCUACGUAAACUUUAGCCUGUAAUAUCUAUGGCAAUAAUCCUGCAAUGGGGUCUACUAACAUGGACCUCUGAUGACCAUACAUACUUCUAUUUGGUGUCAGUGGGACACCCUACCAACAGGUCUCUGCUAGUGGAUCCUGCUACAGGAUCUGAGUUUGUGAUUGUAAGGAGUCAGCAACUUGGAAUGAUAGCAUCAACUAGGUUCCUGCACAAUUAUAAAUAUGGAACUUAAUGUCUGUGUAUGAAGAUGACCACUUAUUCAAGCUUUAAGAAACCUUGUUUAUGAAAAGAAUGAUAAACCAAACUGUAUUAUCUAAUACGACCAGAUAAAAAUAGACUUAAGACAAUAAGAUUUUUAAAAUGUUAAUGUGAAUUUAAUACUGGUGAGAGGGGCCAGGAUAAGACUGGAAAAUGUGUUGUGAUUGGCGCAAUCUGUAUAAGGGCUGAAGGAUCAAUUGAUCAAGGUGAGAGGGGCCAGUUUGGCAGCAGUAGUGGGAUUUGAAGGAAGGGUUAAAAAUGUUCAAACUAUGUAUUCGAACCCUUGUCUCUGAGACUGCUAACAAGGUGCCAGUUACGGUAGUAUUUGUGACAUGCAACUGUCUACUAGGAACUGAAAUGAGGCUGCCAAUUCACUUGCCACAAGCCACUAGCCAGCCUGCAGAGAAUGACUUUCAGUUUUAUACUGAUUUAGCCAAGUGAAGCACUGAUUUAGGAAGCCAGUGAAGCACUGUCAAGACUGUUAUACCUAAAAGUUUACCUAUUAAUUGGAGGGUGGAGGAAUUGGAUAAUAGAUACAUGGUGUGACCCUUUCCUUGUACUGCUAGUCUGCUCAAUUCCUUUAUGCAGGCAAUAUUGUAAAUGUUACAAGAAACUAGAGAGAUCUGUUUUCUUCCUGUGUACAGGAAUGGUGCAUAAGAACACGGCAGAGAAAAUUAUCACCAUGAACGCAUGUCUGAUGAUAGAAAAUUCUGCACUGUUUUCCUGUUGAAAGGGUGCAAUGAAUAUACAGGGUUUUAUUUAAAAACAAAAAUCA